AUGAGCUUACCAGUCGAUGAGCUCCGAAACCAGCGAAACAGAGGCGCCAAGAUGCUGUCGUUCUGUCCUCACUGCCACAAUAUGCUCGUGAUAUCGCAAGCGGAUAGCGGAGCGUACGCGCUCCAAUGCGGUGCGUGUCCUUACGCGUUUCCAAUCGAGGGCGUUGAGGUGUACGACCGGAAGACACUUCCCAGGAAGGAAGUGGACGAUGUGCUCGGCGGUGGCUGGGACAAUGUGGACCAAACCGCAGUGCAGUGUCCAAACUACGAUGAAUGUGGCGGUGAGAGGGCAUACUUUUUCCAGCUUCAGAUCAGAUCUGCGGAUGAGCCCAUGACGACCUUCUACAAGUGCGUGAGCUGCGGCAACAGAUGGAGAGAGAAUUGA